AUGGUGGGCUCAACCUCGGGUAGCCUAGCGGCAGAGAAGGCGCAGUCGUUGGAAGGUGCAUGGGAGGAUGAGACCAAACCUGAAUCUUAUCGACUGGCCACCCGUCAUGCAGGCCGCGUAAUCCAUCCCUCCCCUCCCUCGCCCUUCACGAGCUUCGACUGGCUGCCUCCAAACGGCAGCAACGCCCGCCUCUCCGUCCCGCCAGGGCAACCCCCAACCCCCAUGCCAUGCCCCUCCCUCUCCCCACCCAUCCGGGCCAACACACGCCCCAGUUCCAGCCGCUUCCGCCACCAGUCUGGUCUCGGUGGAACGAGCCAGAGCGGGUCGACGCGGGCGGUCCACCUGCUACCGGGCGAGACGCUGCUCCCAGCUGCUGCUCCCAUCCAUCACUAA